ACUGCAAAUUUGGUCCUUGUGGUUUGGCAAAACCUUUGGAUGGGGUCCAAAAAGUUUCCAGCUUGCACCAAAGGUCCAAAAUCAAGGUUUUCAUGGGUUUUUAGUCCAUUCCGUCAUUGACCGUUUGUUUGGGGCCGUUAGUGCCUUCACGUGCCCUCCAUGUGAGGGCAUUUUGGUCAUUUUAGGUCCUAGCCUCCGUUGCCGCCACUUCAAUUAAUUAGAUUGCAGACUGUACACUCCUUCGUCUUCUACUCAUACCUCUUGAUUCAAACGCAAAAACCCUAACGAUCGUCUGAAAAUUGGAUUGUGUUCCUGCUUUUGAAAAUGUGGGGACUUAGAAAUGUUGGAGAGAUUGUCAACGUUCAAGAAGUUUAUGCUGGUUACCCCAACAUAUUCUCUAUUGAACUUCAUCACGGAGGGAGUUUCACAAAGUUUCCAAAUAUCAGGUAUAUUAAUGGCCAAGUAAGGUACUUUGAUGUUGUCGACAUUGAUGAAUUUUCUGUUCAUGAACUAGACUUGAUGAUGAGAGAAUUAGGGUAUGAUGGUACUGAAAUCAUGUAUUACCAUUUCCGUUUGCCUAAUGAAGGAUUUGACUUUGGACUCCGAGCAUUAGGUAACGAUGAUGAUGUGCGUAAUCUCUCACGGUAUGUUACCCAUCAUAACAAAAUGAUUAAAGUGUACACAGAGCAUGGUCAAACGAACUUGCUUACAUAUUUUAUGUCCCCAACUGGUCCAAGAAGGGUUAUAAUAGAAGACAUGGAGAAGCAGGAUUCCAUUAGACCCUCAUCACCUGUAGUUGCUCAUGAAGUGGUAACUCCAAUCCAAAUUGAUGUUGGUGAGGGUGAUUUAGGGUUAGCAUUAACCUUAUACAAAUCAGCAACACCUGAAUUUACUAGGUCUAAAGGUUGGAAACAUAGUAAAGGGGCAUCGUCUUGUAGUACAAAGCUUAACUUGGAUUGGGAAGGUGCUGAAAAAACAAUGGCAAGUGGUGAAGUUGAUAAGGGUAAGGGUGUAGAAGGAUUUGUAGAUGAAUUUGUUGUAGUUGAUGCAGAAAAAGAGUUAAACAAAGAGAUUUAUGUGAAUGAAGAACUUGAUGUGAACAAAUCCAAUGGUGAGGGUGUAGAAGGAUUUGCAGAUGAGGGGUAUAGAGUUGUCAUGGAUAAUGAUCCUCAAGGAGUCAAUGAAUUUUCAACUAACAUCAACAUAGAUGAUGAGUUAAUGACAAACUUCCAACCUUUUGAAGACCAAGAUAGCAUCCCAUUUAAUGGGUUUGAAGGCCAAGAUAACAUUCCUUUCAACGAUGAGUGGAGACAAGAGGAGCCUGAUGACAUUGAUUUUGAGAAUCAAAACAGUGAAGAUGAAGAUAGUGACUUUAUGAUUGAUGAGGACAACAUAAUUGAAGAUGUUGACGUUGACAUGGAGGAUUUCAACCUAAAUAUUGAUACAGAAGCAGAGUUCAAUGGAUGUCAAAGAAUGGGUGGUCAAAGAAAUGAAGAUAGUGAUGAAGAAGAUGAUUUGGAGGUAAUUGACAAUGACGAGUGGGAUUCAUUAAGUGAGGACUCAGGGGACAACAGGAAAAGAAGAGAAAUGAUCAAAGAGCUGGGGAAACAAACCUUAUGUUCUGCUGGUGAGGUGCACAAGGUAGCUUUUCAUAUUGGGCAGAAAUAUAAAGCCAAGAAAGAAUUGAAAGACAAAAUUGACCUGCAUGCUUUAGAGACAAGGAGGAAUAUCUCAUUCACAAAAAACGACAAGAGUAGAUUGACAGCUGUUUGUGAUGGAACUGUAGUUUUAAAUGCAAGUGGGGUAGGUGGACCUACCUCUGGGAAAAAGGUAAAGGGUAAAGAUGUAAACUCAGAUAAAGUUAAAUGCACAUGGAAACUUCAUGCAUCUAGGUCAAGUGAACAGGACUAUUGGUUUAUUAAGACCUAUAAUCAGAAACACAUCUGCCUCCAAACACGAAAAAUUAGAUCUUGCACAGCAACAUUUCUUUCCAAACGUAUUAUGGAUCAGAUUGAAGCUAAUCCUGGACUGCCUGUUCGUGCCCUACAAGAGCAACUCCAAUCAACUUAUGGAGUUAGUAUUUCAGAAGAGAAAGCAUUUAGGGCAAGAGCAUUAGCCACCAAAAAUGUUGCAGGGGAUUACGUAAAGCAAUAUGCAGCUUUGAGAGACUAUGUACUAGAGCUACAAAAGACAAAUGAAGGUACAACUGUAAAGAUUGAUGUGGUUUCAGAACCUGUGGUUUCAUCCCCAACCAGGCAAUUCAGAAGGAUAUAUGUGUGUUUAGGUCCUUUGAAGAAAGGUUUUAAGGCAGGUUUGAGAGAAUUUUUAGGCUUAGAUGGAGCCUUCAUGAAGGGACCUUUCCCAGGUCAAAUACUAAGUGCAGUUGGUGUUGAUUCCAACAAUGGAACCUACCCAUUGGCAUAUGCUGUUGUUGAAAGUGAAAACACUUCAAGUUGGAAAUGGUUUCUUCAGUGUCUUGCAGAAGAUCUUGAGUUGUAUUCAAAUUCCAACUUCACCUUUAUCAGUGAUAGACAGAAGGGUCUUCUACCAGCCAUAGAACAAUUGUUCCCUAAUGCAGAACACAGGUUCUGUAUUAGACACAUAUACCAGAACAUGAGGAUCAGAUUUAAGACUACAGAAUACAAGGAGUAUUUUUGGAGGUGUGCUACAGCCACCACCAUACCAGAGUUUGAAGCUGUAAUGGUAGAGCUAAGGAAUUAUGACAUAGAAGCAUAUCAGUGGCUCUUGAAAAUCCCUCCACAUCAUUGGGCUAGAAGUCAUUUUUCAGGAAGGGCAAUUUCAGACAUGUUAUUGAAUAACCUUUGUGAAGUGUUCAAUAGCAAACUUGUUAAAGGGAGAGACAAACCCAUUAUCAGUUGUUUGGAGUUCAUCAGAGAGUACCUUAUGAAGAGAGUAUGCAAUGUGAUGAAGGUGUUAAACAAGUGUCAAGGUCCAUUAACUCCAACUGGUACUAGGAUUUUGGAAUCAAACACAACACUAGCUAGUAAGUAUCAUGCACGAUGGAAUGGGGGACAAAAGUAUCAGGUUAAAGGUCCAUGGAAUGAUCAACAUGUGGUGGACAUGGAGAAAAGGGAGUGUAGUUGUAGAAAGUGGGAGCUUACUGGAAUUCCUUGCAAACAUGCAAUUGCAAGCCUAAAUGAAAUGGCAGACAAUAAUGAAAAGGUGGGAGAACUAUACACCUAUGUGCAUAAGGUGUAUUGGCUUGAUACAUGGAAAGAGAUGUACUCCUUCAAGGUGGAGCCUAUCAAAGGUAGAGCCAUGUGGCCUAAGAGUGACUGCCCAACAACUCUUGUGCCUCCACCACACAACAAAGCUAUAGGCAGGCCAAAAAAGAAAAGAAGGAUUACAGCAGAGGAAAGGAUUGAAAUCCAGCAACGUAAGAGGCAAGCAAACAGUCAAAGUCAAAAUGAUAAUGAAACUCAAUCACUGAGCAGGAAGUUUUUGACUGUGACAUGUAGUAAGUGUAAGCAAAAGGGUCACAAUGCCAGGACCUGCAAGGCCAAAGAUGGGAAUUGAUGUUUAAGUACUUUUUAUGUUUGUGAAGACUUGUUAAUGCACUUUAGUUGCUACUUUGUUGCCUUUUUUUUUGAUCCAUUUUGAUAAUGUACUUUGAUGCCCUUAUGAUAAUGUACUUUAAUGCCCUUUGUUGGUAA